AUGCAGUUAGGACUACCUAUUGAUGGCGGUCCUAUCACCGGCCAUGUCGGGACAACAAAGUUCAACAUAAAGUUGAAAUGGCUUAGGAAUCGUUUUCAACAGAUGCUGCUUGAUUUACAAGACAAUGCCCUCAUUCAGUAUGCACAUUGUUACAUCUUGUACUUGUUGGGAGGCGUGCUACUAUCGGACAAGGUCAACAACACUGUACAUGUUCGAUAUCUUCCACUAUUGGCUGAUUAUGAUGCCAUCAGUACUUAUAUUUGGGGUAGCACUGUUCUUUAUUGGCUAUAUCGAGCUAUGUGCUUUGCAACGGAUUACAAUGUCGAGGAUAUGGCUGGGUGUCAUACAUUAAUUAUGUCAUGGAUAUACUACAGACUACCUUUCUAG